CCACUCAACGUUUGCAUGGACUCAUAGGGCUGUAGACGACCAUGUCUCGAGAUCCAGCCGACGAGAUUGACGAGUCUUUAGCAGACCUGUCUCUCGGAGGCCUUGGACCGAGUCAUCCGGUCCUAAGUACGGACGAAGAUGGAGUGAUCUCCCUCGACCUUGGGACUGAGCCUCGAGUCUCGACUGCCGGCGAUGGACCAAGCGAGCUCGACCGAUUUAGGAAAGAAUGGCAAGCAGAGGUCCAAGCAAAGAAGCAAGGUGUCUCUGUUGGACCUGUCAGGUGGAAGUCCAACGAGGUGACCAAGCGACCUGUUUCAUCAGCCGGGCCGAGUACAUCCCCUCGGGCCCAAUGGAGAGCCAUGCCGCCUGAUGAAGAUACUCAUAAAGAGGCGUUGAAACAAGUGGCGAGCUCGUCCAAGAUUCUCAUUCAACCUCGAGUCAGUCCAAUUCGAGCAAAGCGAGCAGAAGACGCCGUCGAAAUCUACGCGAGGGCUGUGGAGCAGGAGCAAAGUGGUCAGCUAAAUGAGGCGCUGCUACUCUACCGCCGAGCGUUCAAGCUGAAUGACUCUGUGGAUAAACUCUACGCUCGAUCACGCCUGAAAAUUGCCCAGGAAGAAGAUCCGACGCCCACGUCGAUGGAUGUGGUAUCCUCCAUGGCACCGCGCGAAGCUCCCUAUUCUUUCCAAAGACAUCUUCAAUUCGCACCCGAUUACGAAUCAAAGCAGUCACACCGGAUAUCCGAUUCACCCCUUACUACCAUCUUCAACUCUCGCCCCGAAGCCUCUUCGGCGACAUUUCUCCCAUCCGAAGAGAAUCUGCCGAUCCCCAUCGAGUCUCUGCCUCCCGAGCUACUCGAACUCGUCUUUGCUCAUCUCGACGUACUGUCCCUUGAACGAUUUGGCGCCGCCUCAUGGAAAGCUAGGUGGUUGACGGCCAGGUCAGAAGUAUGGAAAUCGCUCGUCAAGUCCAUCUACAAACCGCCAGGUGUGAUUCCCACAACAUGGGCGAGAGGUCGAACUCAGGAGGACAUCUUGGCGGAACUGAGCGAGCGUCAUGCUGGGGAAUGGAGAACCGUGAUGCUAGAAGAGGAAAGGAUAAGAAUGGAUGGGUGUUACAUCGCCGUAUGCCAUUAUGUUCGGCCCGGAGCAGGAGACGAAUGGGUGGCAGUUACUCAUACAAUCACAUACCAUCGUUUCUUGCGUUUUUACCCUGACGGAACUGUUAUCUCAUUCUUGACGACGGAUCAUCCCUCGGAUGUCGUGCCCAUUCUCAAGCCCUCUUUACGUGGCAAAGGUCUCCAUUUUGGUCAAUGGAGACUCGUCCGAUCAGAUUCACAGACGGAUCGAGAAGCGCUCAAGCCGGGCGAGAAAGCACAACCCAAAGUCCUCAUCAACAGUCUUCUUGAGCCAAGCGCAGCGCCAAAAUACGAGUUUGAGAUGGAGCUGGUCCUCCGUGAGACAGCUCGCGGACGAUGGAAUAAACUCGACAUGCAAUCUUAUCGAUCGAUCAAUUUGUCAAACGGAGAGAUCUUGGGUUUGGUCUUGAAGCAUCAGCGGCCAUUCUAUUUCUCAAAGGUCCGGUCGUACCAUCCUGCAUUAUAGAGGCCGCGCCUCUGGCAUUCCGGUCGCCGGUCCAUCACCUGGCAGUCAGACCAAGCCCUAUCCACACUUAGUGUACGCGACCAUCACUGUGUGUUUUGACUUUUGCAUAUAUGAUACA